CCUACACCCCCCUCUCCUCUCUAUAUCCCCCCCUCCACCACCACCCACCAUGUCGACUAUCCUGCGUACUCUGCGUAACCUGCGCAGAAUCGGUUUCAAGGAAUAUGGUCACCAGAUGCAGAACAUGGGUGACACCAAGGCCGGUACUCUGAUCGGAACCGACCGUUUCGGCAACAAAUACUUUGAGAACUUGGGAGAAGAGCUGCCCCUCCGCACGCGGUGGGUAGAUUACAAGGUGUCGACAUACGGUGACGCCUCGGAGAUUGAGCCCGGCUGGCACGCCUGGAUCUCCUACAUGGUGGAUGCCCCUCCCACCCAGGACAAGAUCUUGCAGACCGGCCACCGCGUCUGGGAGCUGCCCGAUCACCGUGCCAACCCGACGCUCAGCCGUGGUGCCUUCAAGACCUACUCCACGACCCGCCCCAAGUUCAGCGCCUGGACGCCCGUUGCAGCUCCCCGGUAAAAACGUCAAAAACCUCGCUAUGGAAUGAUUUGGAUCCAGGACUGGGUGGAGAGGACCACUGCUGGGUCCUGUGUAAAUAAACAAAGAUGUCUGUCUGUCCGGUUUCUUUCUAGGUUGCUUGAAAUACAAAGGGUUUCUAUUCUUCACAAACGCAAAAAGACGGUGUAGACGAGCAAUGAAAACAAAAAAGAAAGAAAGAAAGAAAGAAAAGCUAGUCUAGCCAAAGUUCCACUAUACAUGAAAGUAAAACAAACUGCAACAAUUCU